CAUAAGGGAAAGGUCCCCUCCAAUCGAUUCGUUUCUUUUCGUGCACACAUUGUGAUCGUCUAUUCGUCUCCAUCUAACGCAAGGAUCUCUACACUUGUUCCUCAUCGGAGACUCUUUAAUUGCAGAGCGAAACCCUAGAUAGUCGGAAUACUAUACAAGGUGGAUACCUGGAGCAGCCAUCGGGAGAUCGUAGUAGGUAUGCGGAGAUAGCGUUUGCAGUUGCUGGUCAAAGGAUGACGGCUGGGAGAUGUGCUAUUAUGUGCUCUUUCCAGAGUUUCUGAAUUGGAUAUUUUGAGGUUGAGAGAUAUGUCUCUGAGAAUCAAAGCCGUGGUUGAUAAGUUCGUGAAGGAGCUGAAAGAAGCUCUCGAUGCUGAUAUCCAAGACCGGAUCAUGAAAGAAAGGGAAAUGCAGAGCUACAUCGAGGAGAGGGAAAGAGAGGUCGCCGAGAGAGAGGCUGCUUGGAAGGCCGAACUAUCUCGUCGAGAGGCUGAGAUUGCUCGACAAGAAGCUAGACUUAAGAUAGAGAGAGAGAACCUUGAGAAAGAGAAAAGUGUCUUAAUGGGAACUGCAUCAAAUCAGGAUAAUCAGGAUGGGGCUCUUGAAAUCACAGUAAGCGGUGAGAAGUACCGAUGCCUCAGGUUUGCUAAAGCAAAAAAAUGAAGUUUACCAUGUAGAACUUAAUGAUGUCUUGAUUCUAUUCUUUAAACAACCAGGAGCUACACUCUGCAACUGGUCCAAGUUUGUAAAUAGCUUUUACCAUUUCUUUCUUUUCUAGGAACUGAUGGAUGCAAUUGCCAUCUAAUCCAUUCAGAUGCAGAUAUUAAAAAGGAAUGGUGUUUGAAGUUUUAUUUC